UUGAACUAGGGUUUUCAAACGUCCGUAGUAGCGCGCCGCAGCUCCAACCAUCCUCCUUCGGCCAUCCUAAAUCAUGUCUAGGAGAAAGACCCGGGAGCCCAAGGAGGAUAAUGUGAACCUUGGGCCAGCAGUUAGGGAUGGUGAAUUGGUAUUUGGGGUUGCUCACAUUUUUGCAUCAUUCAAUGACACAUUCAUCCAUGUUACCGAUUUGUCUGGCCGUGAAACACUGGUCCGCACCACUGGUGGGAUGAAGGUCAAAGCUGACAGGGAUGAAUCUUCCCCAUAUGCAGCUAUGCUCGCAGCACAAGACGUGUCUCAACGAUGCAAGGAGCUUGGAGUCUCAGCACUUCACAUUAAGCUUAGAGCAACAGGUGGCAACAAGACCAAGACUCCGGGCCCAGGAGCUCAGUCUGCCCUCCGAGCCCUCUCUCGUUCAGGCAUGAGGAUUGGCCGUAUAGAGGAUGUGACUCCAAUUCCAACUGAUAGCACUCGUAGAAAGAGUGGUAGGAGGGGACGCAGGCUGUGAGAUCUCUUCUCUGCGGUGUUUUCUCAUAUGGUUAGAACGUCAACGUCCGAUUAGUUUUGUUUUGUUUUUUUACAUUUAUUUUGAGUAUCAAGAGGUUCGUUUUGUUUUUGAUUUGUUUUGAAAGCUCAAUCGGAGUCGUGUAAGAUUCGUGGGUUUUUUUUGCAAAUUUAAAGCAACAUUCCGAACAUCAUUAGAGCACCUUAAGCUAUAUUAGCUUUUCGAAACCACAUAUCUCCAGUUUACUCUGUCUCCCCAUGCCAUCUCCAAUGAGAAUACUUCUCCAUUC